ACUGAUAAAAAUCUAAAACAGCAAUUUUGUUUUUAAUCAAAACCGAGUUAAUUGAAUCCGAGAAUUCAUUAGAAUACAAGUGCUAGGAAAUCAUUAAGGAGACCGCAGACUAUUCAAAGUCAAUUCUUCCUCAUCAAUCCGCAAUAGUUAUAUACAUUUAUCAAUUGUCGGCCAAUUUCCUCAAAAUAUUCUUAAAAUUAAGAAGGCGCAGCUGAAACUGAGGAACUAAAACAAUGGAGAGUUUGUUGGUGCGCAUGUGCAUCGAGGCGGCGACUGAGAGCGCCGUCGCCGUGGAUAAGUGGCGGAGGCAGCGGCGAACUCUUGAGCGCAUGCCGUCUCAUCUCGCUGAGGCUCUCCUUCGCCAUCUCCUCCACCGCCGCAUGCUUUAUCCCUCUCUUCUCGAAGUUUUCAAAUACAGUGUAGAGGCCAUCGAUCUAAGGGGUGAAAGCUUUGUGGAUGCUGAAUGGAUGGCAUACUUGGGUGCAUUCCGCUAUCUGAAUUCUUUGAUUCUGGCAGACUGCCAUAAAAUCAAUAAUGCAGCUCUUUGGAACAUAACAGGCAUGACAAAUUUAAAGGAGUUGGAUCUUUCAAGAUGCUCCAAGAUAACAGAUGCUGGAAUACAACAUCUAUUAUCACUUCCGGCCCUUGAGAAGUUACGGAUCUCUGAAACAGGUGUUACUGCAGAUGGUGUUGCAAUUCUCGCUUCGCUGCAAAACUUAUUGCUGUUGGACCUGGGCGGUUUACCUGUCACUGAUUCAGCUCUGAAUUCUCUUCAGACUCUCACGAAGUUGCAACAUUUAGACCUUUGGGGGAGUGAAGUAUCUAAUGAUAGUGCGAUUGUACUCAAGAUGUUCCCAAAUUUGAGUUUCUUAAACCUAGCUUGGACCAAUGUAACAACGUUGCCCAAUUUGCCCUCUCUUACAUGCCUAAACAUGAGUAACUGCACUAUAGAUUCUCUAUCUGAAGGAGAGGACCAGAAACCGCGUCUAGAGAAAGUAAUAUUCUCUGGAGCUAUAAUUGGUAACAUUUCAGAAGUCUUCCAACAUGUUGAAACCAGUAGACUUUCUUACUUAGACAUGUCCAACUCUGCGCUUCAGUCGUAUAGCUUUUUGUCUUCUAUGAAUGCAAUGAGCGAUUUGAACCUGAGUGGUAGUGGACUGGUUGACGAUUCAGUUGAACACAUUGUACGCAUAGGAGCAAGUUUGAAACACUUGAAUCUCAACAAUACAAAAGUAAGUUCAGAAGGUGUUAAUACAUUUGCUGGCCAUGUUCCGAAUCUCGAGACCCUAUUGUUGUCUGGCACUCCCAUUGAUGACGCAGCUGUAUCUUUUAUUAGCAUGAUGCCGGCGCUGAAAGUCGUCGACCUGAGCAGAACGCAUGUGAAAGGUCUGAUGCAAUUGGGCAGCGCACCUGAUGAGGUCCCAUCAUUUUCUGCACUAGAAAGCCUCAAUCAUUUAGAAAGCCUGGAUUUGGAAUUAUUACAUAUUAAGGAUGCCGCAGUGCGCCCUCUGACUAACAUGAGCAGAUUGAGCUAUUUAUCUCUGCGAAGUGUCUCCCUCACAGACGAAGCAUUAUAUCACAUCUCCUCAGCUGCACAAUUGACACAUCUUGGUGUUCGUGAUGCUGUGGUGACGGAUAUCGGGCUCGAUGCUUUCGCCCCUCCUACAGCCUUGGAAAUUCUUGAUCUCAGGGGGUGCUGGCUAUUAACAAAGGAUGUUCUCUUGCGUUUCUGCCAAAAGCAUCCUCAACUUGAAGUGAGGCACGAGUUUCUCGACAAAAUAAAAGAACACUCAUCUCCAUCACGAGCAACUACGAGGACCCCAAAAAGCAAGAACAGGCCGGGGAGUUUGUUCGCGCCACCCCUUGGAUCUGGUCAAAAUUUUCUAGAUCAAAGAUUAAAAUACAGCAGACAAGAAUUACUAGGCCUUCAAUGUUCGCCAACAGUAAUUCCGAUUUCCGGUAGUCAAAGUAAUUCAUUGCCUUAAUCUCUGUGAAAUGCAGCUUCUUAAUAUGCAGGUGCGCCUGCUCAACUCUACUUGUACGAUGUUGUGUUUCUGUAUUUGAUCGAAUAGAAAUACUCUGAUUCUCUCA